UGGCUGUCAGCAGCAGCAGCGAGCCUCCGUGGACGUCCACAGCCUCGGUCUAGGAUUUCUGCAUGUAUUUCAUCAGAUGAGACCCUCGGGACGUGCAUCUACCUGCGCCUCUGGAUACCGCUGCCACUUAAGACACACUUCAGUCUCGUGGUUCUUUUUUUUUUUUUUCUUUUCUUUUUUUUUCUUUGCUUUUGAAGCGAGCUGCUGUGUAAUAAACAGCGCGCCCGAGGGACGUCCCAUCACUAAACUUUGAAGAAGACUCAACAACUUUGGCAACAUCUCGUAUUGCACGUCGCUGUGAGUUCAUGCGGCUUACCAUCUGACAGAAGCGGGCCAUUUCCCUGGGAAACUUACACACGGCUUUUGAAAUAUGUUCAGCAAGUGUUCCGUUGUGUUAUUGAAUGUCCUCUUUCUGGUGCGGGCGCUCUCGGCUCACGAGUGCACGCCGUGUAAUCUCCGGACUUGUCCAGUCAAAGCCCCGCGCGGCUGCGAGGGUGGCCGGACCUUGGCCAGGGAUCCGUGCGGAUGCUGUGACCAGUGCACCCGGCUGGAGUGGGAGCCCUGCGGCGGACAAGACUGGACGCACGGCUACUGCGCCCUGGGGCUGACCUGUGCCUCUGUCAACAAAACCGGAACUGCCACAAUCCCCGAAAUUGGAGUAUGCAAAGUGCUCCCUGACCAUCCAGAGGCAGGUCUUGAGGACGAGCGCUGUCCCCUGAUGACGGGCUGUGACACAGCUGGAGGACAGUGUGUGUGUGAUGCCCGUCAUUCCUGCUUGGGCUCAUUCACCUUCCCAGACCAAGAAACCUGCAUGAAGGCCAGCAAGACAGAAGGUCGGAGGCACGAGCACCGGGAAAGACACAGAGAGAAGUAUGUGGGACCAUCCAACCCGGCCUGCAUGUUCUCUGGGUGUAACCUGACCGCUGAGGGCUGUGUGUGCGAGUCUCAGAGCUGCCACCACCACUUCGCCUACAUCAACCGCAGCCAGUGCCAGGAAGCCGCAGAGGAGCUGAGGUGUGCCGGGGUGACAUGUCCUGCUCUGCAGGUGCCCUCCUGCCCCCACGGUUCAGUCCUGACCAAGAGUUACACGCCACCUGCUGGUUGCUGUCCCUCCAUACCUCCCCAGUGCACAUGCGACAUCCAUGCCUGCCAAAAGCCCCAGUGCCCGAGCGGACAGCGAGCCGUGCCACUCAGCCAAGCCAGCGGUCAGCCAGGAGACUGCUGUGAUGUCCUUGAGUGCCAGAAAGUGUCUCCCAAGUGUGUCCAUAAUGGGAAGGAGUUCUCCGAGGGAGAGGUGUACCGCAUGGACCCCUGCUGGCUGUGUCAGUGCAGAGGAGGAAUCUCCUUCUGCUCGAAGGCAGAAUGUGUUGAGCUGGACUGUGAAAACUUCUACAUUCCUGAGAACGAGUGUUGCCCUGUCUGCAUAGAUGUAGAGUUACUCUCGAUGGACAGCACUAAGGCCAGUUGCUGGGUGAAUAAUAAGCUGCGAGCUCAUGAGGAGCAGUGGAAAGAGGAUGACUGCACCUUUUGCCAGUGUGUGGAUGGAGAACCGCAUUGCACAGCAAUGGCCUGCAAACAGAGCUGCCAAAAUCCUGUCAAGAUCCCUGGAGAGUGCUGCCCUUUCUGUGAAGAGCCUUCUUAUGAAACAGUGAGCCCCAUGCUAUGUCCUCCCCUGGAAAACUGCUCUCUGUCAGGGAAUGAAUGCCCCUAUGGCUUCCAGCAAGACAAAAGUGGAUGUCUUCUCUGCCAGUGUCUCAACAAUGACUCCUGCCCUGAACUGGGAAAAUACUGCUCUCUGCAAUGCCCAUUGGGAUACGAGAGGGAUGAUUUUGGCUGUGAGGUGUGUGAAUGCAGCAUCCCCGUGCCCAAGUGUCGACCUCUGACCUGCACUAAGACCUGCCCCUAUGGAUAUGUGAGGAACAAGCAUGGCUGUGAGAUGUGCCGCUGUGUCAAGUGUCCCCCCUUCACCUGCGACAAGCACUGCAUCGACGGCUAUCGACAGAACCGGAAGGGCUGCUCCAUCUGCAUGUGUAAAGAAAGUGCCCAUGUCCCGAGCACCACCGUGCCGGCCCCAGUGCCCAACUAUUGCCUCACCUCCAAUGGGCACCGAUAUGAGGAAGGUGAUGGCUGGCAUGACGGCUGUCGUGACUGCUACUGCCACUCUGGACGGGAGAUGUGUGUGCUCAUUUCCUGCCCUGUACCCAGCUGUUCUCAUCCAGUUGUCAGGCCUGACCAGUGUUGUCCUACAUGUGAGGAUGAAUCAGGCAGUGGUCAGCCAGAAGGGAUGGACAUGGUGGUGUGCAGAGCACCUGGGGGAGAAUUUUACGUGGAGGGGGAGACCUGGAACCUGGACGAGUGCACACGCUGCACCUGCAGGAAGGGACGUGUCCUCUGCGACACUGAAGUGUGUCCCCCAGCUCUCUGCCAGACACCAGUCAGGAACAAGGACACCUGUUGCCACGUAUGCCCAGAGGAGACACUGAGCCCCUUGCUGCCAGUGAACAACAGCCAGCAGGAGUACUGCAUAACCAGCGAUGGAGACGUGCUGCUGGCUGGAGACUCCUGGAAGGCGAACGCCUGCACCAGCUGCACCUGCAACAACGGCACCAUUCAGUGUUUCUCUCAGCGCUGUCCGGCUGCCAAUUGCAGGGUGCCCGUCUUACGCAAGGGCCAGUGCUGCCCACACUGUCUCGAAAUUACAACGUCCGUGCCGGUGAUGGUGUCUACCAAUGCCCCCAAGACAACGGUUACUGCUACAGUGGAGAGUGCAGUGUGGCUCACCACUGUCACCAUUCCGCCCAUCAUUGCUGAUACAGAUGAACCAGGUUUGGGUGAGAAUUACCCCAGCCAAACGGAGAUGGCCCUCAUCUACCAAUCAGCUGCCUGGAUCCUGGCAGGUCUCCUCCUGGCGAUUAUCAUCUUCCUCAUCGUGGCGUUACUCAUCAACAAGAAAAAGAAGUGGGUGCAGAUGUCCUGCUACAGUGCACCAAAGAAGACGGUGAUCCUAAAAAAACAUGUAAACAAGAACUCAGUGGUCUACAUGGAGCCCUCCAAGGAGAACAAAUUUCAGAAUGUGAAGAACGACUGUGGCAUCAUCCACUUCUCUCCAGAGAUGAGCUCCCCGUGUGCAGACAAGAUGACCAUUCCCAGGGCCAAGUUGAACAUGGGCAACGACUGGACGUCGCGCUAAAAAAAACCAAAAAAACCCCACACCACUCAGACUCGGCCGAUCAGAGCUGUCCGGCACCUCCCACUCUCUCUUACUGCUGUAUCCAAGGUGAUUUAUGUAACUGUGCACACCUCGGGUAUCAUCAUGUUCCCAACCUUUUCUCUGUGUGACAGUAAAACCGAGGAUGCUCUACAUGAGACAAAGCAAGUGACUUCUGUUUCUUUUAUCAUAUGUCCAUAUUCUUCUGUGUUCGGACCUUUUGCUGGAGGGAGACGCUGGGAGGUGGAUGGACGGGUGGACAUGUAAAGGACACAGCCACUCUGGCCUCUGCUUUAAAACAGAGAAGGAGGCAGCCUGAGAGGCUCCUCUGUCAGAAUCAGACUUUGACUGUGAACAUUGUAAUAUUAUUGCUUAUUAUUGCCUCUUUUGAAACUGGAACUUUGAGGCAGUAAGAGGAGCAUAAAAAGCUUUAGGACAGGGGUUUGGGCUGUAGUUUGAAGGGGACAGAGAGGAUCCUGCCCCUCCGAGUGCAGCAGUGCUUCAUGGAUGUAAUCAUUAUCAUCAGCAGGGAGGCCAAAGGAACUGAUAAUCCAGUUGGAUCAAAGUGAGUUCAGCAGCCAAAUCAAGUCAACAGGCUUUAUAUAGACCGCCAGAUCCAAACCCCUGCUUUAGAAUGUGUGGUUUCCAUCUUAGUUUUUGUAUAUUUCUACAGUAUUUGUACUAGUUGUAGUGUUGUUCUAGGCCACCUCAUGUUUUUAUCAUGGGUGUCUCCAUGGGGCCAGAUUGAAACAUUUUGAAAUUGCCCAUCUAAACAUUCCCCCCAUCAAGUUCAGGAAGGACACGCUUCCCAUAUAACAGCCUUGUUUCUACAUUCAGUUGACCCGAGUCAUUCCAUUCAGAGAACCCCAAUAACAAACCACAAUUGUACGAAAAAAAUGUGUGAAUACGCUCUCUACACUGGUCCACCAUGCUGUAGCCAAUAAUCCUCGUCUUUCCACUCGGCCUCAUCUGAACUGGGCUGAAGCCCAUCAAUUGUACUUCAUCUCAAAAAUCGCAGUUGAGUUAAAGCAGAGUGAUAUUCAUCCUGGAAGAAUGUCAUUUUAUUGACUGCAGAGGAGGCAAAAUGGUGCCAGACACUUCAUCUGGACCUGUGAGGAAUGGCUUUGAUACCAUACCACAGUUCAUAACUUCAAUCACAGCUCUCUCUCUCUCUGUGUUUGUGGAGCUACUGUUCUUACCGAAUGUUAGUGAUGGUUAGUAAUAAUUCUUUUUAAAGCCUUAAUUCUAUAGCCUUAAUGCAUUUUCUUUGUUGAUAUCUUGUUUUCAUUUAAUAAUUGUGUUAGCCCAUAUCAAGAAAUCAAAAAACAGUAAUUUAUUCACCCAUUAUUGAGAUGAACAGAUUAUGUUUUACAGCAUCACUGAUGGUUCCCUUCAGCAAUUAUAUGAUGUGGGGACAUUAGAGUUUAAGGGGAGCUUAUUUGUAACUGUACAUAAUGGUACACAUUACAACAUCAGAGCAUGUUAAAGAGACAAAAGCACUUUUCUUUGGAGCCAGUGUUUUUUAGAAAGCCCACUGCAGGAUUCUUGGAGGGAUAAAGGCCCUAAUCAGGGAUUUGAUAGGCAUAUUAAGCACACCACUUAAACCACUCAAGUGAACACGCUGUUGCAGCUAGAGGCUCUGCACCAAUCUGAUCAUUACGGGGAAGGAUGGAAUCUGAGAAGCAUUACACAACAAACUGAGGUUUCAUAGGAAAAAGGUUUUGUAUCAGAAUUCUCAAUCCAUUGCCAAUUUCUCAAUACAAAGACCAUUCUGAUGCCAAAUUGGUCGGAGGACAAUUAAUAUUGAAGUGUUUUAGUAACAGUAGAUAAUCUGUUUAAUCAUGACCAUGUGCUUUAAAAUGAAGAGGUGACUGUAAAAGCUUACACAAUUCUUUGUUCUUCUAUGUGUAAAAAAAAAAAAAAGUAGUUUAAAUUAGUAGGACAGAAGAGUACCUUAUUUAUUUUUUCACAUAGCUUUAUUUAUUAAUACUAAACUAUAGUUUGAGAUUUUUUCUUUUUGAAAAAUGAACUUUUGGUAGCCAAAGCUGCUGUACAUUGUAGACCAUUUACCAUUUCUAUCUGCUAUAUUCUAUACAACCUUAUUUAUUUCACUGUCGCAGACCCUGUAAAUAUGUUUCCUAGAUGAUGAACUGUAACAUUUACAACUAUUUUGAAAAAUAAA